UAGUUUCGAAUGUUACAAUGUCUGUCGUAGGUAACUGCCUAUCUGUCUAUCUUCCAUAAAAAUUUCGAAGAUUUAAUAUGCCGUCGAUUGUUCAACAACCAAUAAAAAGACCUUAUGAAGAUGCAAUGGGUUUUUUAAUCCAAGAUGCAAUUACCCUAAGGAAGCGCCAGAAGGUACUAUUUACGAAACUUUAUUCGCAAAUAGAAUCUCUUAGGACGCUUAUUGAGGAAACUGCUGCUAACGUAGGAAAUCGUGGCAAAGGUGGCGAUUCAUCGCAUACAAAAAGCACUGCAUUGAAUGAUUCGGAUGUAACCUUAUGUGCUAAAGACGAUGCUUCAGUUACGCUAUAUUUGCACAAUCCCGUCAUUCGUAUUGAUGACACUGGCGAUAUAAGCCAGGAGCCUGCUGGAGAUUCAGUAGAUGCUGAACAUUUCGAUGUAGAUUUCAAGGCACCACUUAACAACCUUGCAGAAUCAAUAAGGUGUAUGGAUAUGCGAAGAGCUGGUUUAAAAGGGUACAGACAGUUCAAAACAAGCCUGCUAAAAUUCAGCAAGGACUUAUUUAAAUCUGACCCUAAAGAUCUCGAUGUAUUACCUCAAAUAGUGUUCGACGAACAAGUAAUGGUCAAGCUGAUUUCCAUUGACUUACUUCACGAUGGUUUAUUUGACGUCUUUUCAACUCUACAGUCCGAAGCUUAUGAGCGAUGGGGAGCGACGAAUCGUUUUCUUAUAUCCGACGCUGUGGUUGGUGCAUACCGUUUGCUCCAUGGGCUGAAACAGCAAUUGCGUGAAAACAAAGUACAGCCCCUCAUUGAUUGGCUAAAUGAGGAGCGUAGUUUUUCUCAUUUAUAUGCAGAGCGUUUCAACGCUGUUUUAUUGAAGCUUUAUGAGGUCCAACUUUUGAGUCAUCAUUACACUUUCCAAAAUGGAGAGUUACAAAAAAGCGAUUGUACAUUAACAUCACAGCGUAUUAUGGAAAUCAGGAACAGCGAUCUCUCUAAAAUGUGGAAAAUUCACAGUUCAGAGGUUGGUAAAUUGAUGACUCAGGCUUUACUCGAUGACAAUAUACCUUCUGUAUCUGAAUUUCUGAAUUUGCGAGAUCAUACGGAGAAAGCAUUUGUUCGACUGUUUUGCGAGAGUGGUUUUCGUGUGAAGAAAUCUACGAAGACAGCACAGGUUCAUUGCGCUACUGUGGCUCAUUCGAAUGUUCAACAACAGUCAACUUUAGGACGGGUGGCUGCUUCGUGCAAGCGACAUGUAAACAAGGACACUGACGAAGCGUUAAAUAACCAUUACAACAAAUCGGAUUAUGCUAUAAGGACACCAAUAAAAGCCACCACAAAGAAGGAUCGUUCUGUUAGUCCGUGGCUUAACCUCCUGGAUACUCCUGAUAUUCAUGUAAAUGCGUUUGUAGUUGAAAACGAUAAUGCCACCAAAUGCGAUAACUAUAUGUUAAGUACCAAACGCAGAUAUUUGGAACCAAGGUGGUUGAAAUCUAUUGAAGAGGGCGCUGAGAAAGUUUUGCGUUUUCCGCGACUGUCUUCUUUCAGAUUGGAAUCGCCUGCAUUAUCAAGGGGAGUUAAUAUUCGAAUGAUAAAACAAUCCUUAAUAUGCAAGAAUGAAAUGCCGCGUCAACCAUAUCAGAUUGCUACGUUGUACGCUAUGGCGUCGGAUCCGGAAACUGCCUGUCGCCAGAUUAUUCCACAAUCCACAACAACAGAUGACAGCAGUUCUUUCUGUGAAUGUGAACCAUUAAAUAUCAUAGAGGGUAGCCCUAUAACAAAUGUUGCUGCGCUUCAAGAAAUUCAUGAAGUAUCACCUCCUGAAGCCCUUGAACUGGCAACGACAGAUAUUCGGGAUGAAACUCAAUUUAAUGCUUCGAACAUACGGCACAUGGCGAUGCUUUCUGAUUACCGCCGCUUUGGUCAACAAUUGCUGCAACAUAAUCGACAACUUCUCCGCCAAUAUGUAGAAAGGCAGCGUGCGCAAUCGGCUAUAUCGGAAAGUCAUACAGAUGCUCAACCAACUGUUUCCUUGACAUUAUACGCCGGUUCACCGGCUGUUCAUGACACUGUGUCGGAGUCGCCAGAAAAUAGAACGGAGGCCCAUAGACGAUCAAGUUCUGCACGUGGAGGACGUAUCAGGAUAACAUUCCCCAAUAGGCCAGAGUCGAGCGAUACACCACCUUCUCAUGGGCGACGUAGUGUUAGCCGAUUUAUCCGUUUGAGAUCUCAUGAGACAGAUUCUGGCUUUGUUAAUGCCAAUUCACCAUUACUUGCCUCUGAGCUUGGGAACCUUUCUGCAUCAGGGGAACCUGCAAAUAUUAACGUUAGAAGCAUUUUCCGUCUAGUGGUACAUGGUAUACCGGGUUACUCUUUGCAAAAUGCAGAAGCCGUGGUCCGCCUGCUGUCUGAUCCCAAUGCUUUGACACAAACGGGGAACAUUCAGUCACGAGAUACAGUGCCAGGUAUUUCGGAAAAUACAUCGAGCAUACCAUCGAAAUUGCCAAAUAAAAGACUAAACUUCACUACUGCAUACGAGUGUGGAGAUGUUGGUGGUUACCAUAAGGUUUUUUUACCGUAUGAGAGCCCAUUGUCUGUUCUUAUUUCUGCUGGUUAUCUAUUGUUUCCUCGUCUUCUCAACCUAUCGGGAAAUAACAAGCCAACGGAGGGCAUUACAGGUGAUUUCGGAUCUUUCAUGCGUUCAUCUAAGCAACUGCCUAUAGAAGCAGACCUUGGACAGGCGUUUUGCUUCCACAGUUACUUUUCUUGUCCUAUAUCCAAAGAUCAAACAUCUACCACCAAUUUGCCAGUCAUGUUACCAUGCGGUCACGUUAUCUGCAGCAUAUGCAAUGACAGCUUUGCCAAUAGCCGUAGGAAGAUACAUUUCAGAUGUCCUAUGUGUCCGCAACAGGCAAGCCCUGGAGAGGUUAAAUGUCUGUUCCUAGAUUGGAAUGCAUUUGGUUUUGAUAACAUUAAUUAGUUA